AUGGCGACGGCAACAUCAAUACCAGCACGGCCACCCUCCCCCUCGCCCUCCCAAGUCCCUCUACCCGCUUCUCCAACAUACUCCUACGCAUCCACCGCCAACCCUCUAUCAUCGUAUAACCUGCCACUGCCCCCUCCGCCGCGGCCCGUCCACGCCGUCCUUACGAAGUCCGACCUCGAGCAGUCGCAGCAAGCGUACUCCGACCUGCUCGCCACAGCCAAGUCGUACCGAAUCGCCUUAUCCGCGUUAUCCAACGCGGCCUCCGCCUUCGGGUCCGCACUCGAGUCCUGCGCUCGGCUGAAAGAAUCGCGGGCGGACGCCCUCGGGCCACCAGGCGGCGCCAGCCUGACGAACAGCUUCACGACGAAGAACACGUGCACAGCAGACCUACUCCUCGGCGCCAGCGGCGUGCACCACCUCGUCGCGAACCACCAGCAGAUCCUCUCCGAAACCGUAUACCGGUCCUUCGAAGUGCCCCUCCUACACGAGCUAGACCGGUGGCGGCGCGCGAUCGAGGACGAGGACGAGACGUACAAGCGCGAAGCGGCGGCGCGUUCGCGCGAGAUCCGCCGGCUCGAGAAGGAGGGGCUGAAGCUGCAUAGGCAGAGCCGACGCCGCGACGUGGCCAAGUUCCGCGAGCACCUCGUCGCGCUAACGUCAAAACUCGACGGCCUGACCGCGCUGCACGCCGACCACGCGCGCACCCUCCUGCGCGACUCCCAGGAGACCAGCGCCCGCAUCCUCGACGCGAGCUGCUCGCUCGUGCGCGCCGAGGUCGACAUCUUCGAGGGGCUCGCGAGGAAGGGCUGGACCGGCGGCGGCCUGGACGAUCUGCUGGAAAAGGGGCAGGACUUGUUCGCGAGCGACGAUGAUCUGCCGGGCGCAGUGGCGGCGACGACGGGAGGCGUGGUGAUAGGGUCUGGUGUCGGGGCGGGCGGCGCGGGGGACGGCGGCGGCGCGAAGCUGUUUAGUAUACUGCCUCCGAAGAGCAUCCUAGCCAACGACGCGUCGUCGGACUCGCUCACGGCGCGAGGGGGCGGCGAGAGCCACGGACGCGCCGACAGCUUGCUUGUUGACUCGGACGACGUGCAGUACCAGAGCCUGACGGGGGCCGUAGACCAGAAAGACCGGGGCCGGGAAGCGGAUUCGCAGAGCUUGUUCUCCGAGUCGAACUUGAGCCAGAAACAGCGGGGCGUAAGGCCGUUUAGUCCGCAGCCCAUAAGGCGGCGCGGCACGGACGUCGUGAUGGAUCCCGAGUCGUUGCUCGUCGGUGGCGAGGAUGAGCUUAGGACUGACGACGACGACGACGACGACGAUGAUGAGCGUGAUGCGGCGACGGUUAGGGGCACGUCGGCGCAGAGGACUGGGUUAGGCGGGUUGAGGAUAGGGGCGGAUGAGAAUGGGAUCGGGGAGGCGGAGUCGCCGUGGAAGGAUGAGGGGUUGCGGAGGAAGGAUGAGAGUGAGAGUGCUACGAGUAGUAGUAGCAACGAUGGGAACGAGUUACCACCGCCGUCGAAGGGUAAAGAUGAGGUGGAUGAUAGAUAG